UGGGCGCGUGGGUGGAGAAGCCUCUCCAUCUAUGACUACCCGCUCCCAUCCUAAAUAUACCUGUCAUAUUAGAGGCGGGUGCCGGCAAAGAUUGCCAUCCCUAAAAACUACGAAAAUUCGACAAAGUAAGGGAGGGGAGACAUAACUAAAACUUCAGCACAAAGGAAGGCAUAACUGAUUCCCUCUUAAGCCCUGGAUGGGACUCUGAUCCUUAGUCCAAACAAUCGCUCUUCUUAGUGGCUGAUAAUUCCUUUCCAAUCAUCCAACACACAAAAAAAAAAAAAAAUCACCAAGUGUUCGAUGGAAGGCCAAGCCGAGAAAUCUUCUAGCGAAGGCGAGAAAUCGGAAGCAUUGAGCAGAGUGAGCAAGCUGGUGCAUAGGCGGAUGCUGGUGGGGAUCAAAGACGGGCGGUUUUUCAUGGGAAACUUCCACUGCUUAGACAAGCAAGGCAACAUUAUUCUCCAAGACGCCGUCGAGUAUCGAAGCACUCGUCGUUCGUCGCCUUCUCCGAUGGAGCAGCGCUGCCUCGGCCUCAUUCUCAUCCCGUCGUCUUGCCGCUCGUCGUGUCAUGUCGACUGCUCCGUUGAGGAGCAAUUGUCUCUCCUCUCCAUUUGAUUUCUGAUCAGAUAACCGAGGUUUCUGUAUUUUGAUUCAAUUCUGAAUUUUUGUAUUUUUUUUGUGUGGUUCUUGUGAAUUAUCAAGGAAAAGUUUACAAUGUUUUGUAUUUCGUCAUGAAU